AUGUCGUCCGCCUCCGUAAUCGUCAUCGGCGCCGGAAUUUCCGGAGUAUCGGCGGCUAAGGUGCUCGCAGAGAACGGAGUAGAAGAUAUAUUGAUACUUGAGGCGACGGACCGGAUCGGAGGAAGAAUACACAAGCAGGAAUUCGGUGACGUGUCGGUGGAGCUCGGUGCCGGUUGGAUUGCCGGCGUCGGUGGUAAGGAGUCCAAUCCUGUCUGGGAACUCGCCUCGCGAUUGAAUCUCCGCACCUGCUUCUCCGACUACACCAAUGCGCGUUACAACAUCUACGAUCGAAGUGGAGAAAUCUUCCCGACUAGAUUCGCUGCUGACUCGUAUAAGAAGGCCGUUGACUCGGCGAUUCUGAAGCUAAAGAGCCUUGAAGCUCAAUGUGCCGGCCAAGUAGCCGAUGAAGCUCCUUCGUCACCGAAGACGCCAAUAGAACUCGCCAUUGACUUUAUCCUGCAUGAUUUCGAGAUGGCAGAGGUUGAGCCAAUAUCGACUUAUGUGGACUUCGGCGAAAGGGAAUUUCUGGUUGCUGAUGAAAGAGGUUACGAAUGUUUAUUAUAUAAAAUGGCUGAGGAAUUUCUCUUUACCUCUCAUGGAAACAUCCUGGACAACCGCCUCAAACUAAACAAGGUGGUUAGGGAGAUACAGCAGUCGAAGAAUGGGGUUUUGGUGAAGACAGAGGAUGGUUCCGAGUACGAGGCUAAUUAUGUGAUCGUGUCUGCGAGUAUCGGUGUUCUCCAAUCCGAUCUUCUCUCCUUCCAGCCUCCUUUACCCAGAUGGAAAACAGAAGCAAUACAGAAAUGCGAUGUGAUGGUGUACACCAAGAUCUUCCUCAAAUUCCCUCACUGUUUCUGGCCAUGUGGUCCUGGUCAGGAGUUUUUCAUCUAUGCGCACGAACAACGCGGCUACUUCACCUUUUGGCAGCACAUGGAAAAUGCGUACCCGGGCUCUAAUAUUCUGGUGGUGACGUUGACCAACGAGCAAUCAAAGCGCGUGGAAGCUCAAUCAGAGGAGGAGACACUGAAAGAGGCAAUGAGUGUUCUCAGGGACAUGUUUGGUCCCACCGUUCCUUACGCAACUGAUAUUCUUGUCCCGAGAUGGUGGAACAACCGGUUUCAACGCGGUUGCUACAGUAAUUACCCUAUGAUAUCUGAUAAUCAGCUUCUUCAUAAUAUUAAGGCUCCGGUUGGACGGAUAUUCUUCACAGGAGAACACACAAGUGAAAAGUUUAGCGGAUAUGUACAUGGAGGAUACCUUGCAGGAAUGGACACAAGUAAGUCUCUGUUGGAAGAGAUAAAGCAGAGUUUGUUGUUACAACCUUUACUCGCAUUCACUGAGUCUCUAACUCUAAAACACAACAACCCUGACUCUCAAAUUCACAGUACUAAUGUCAGUUUUAUCUCAGGCACAAGCUAG